CUCCAGGAGGAGGGCGGGGAGGAGGAGGAAGGGGAGGUAACGCGGUGGGAUUCGCUGCGGGGCCGGAGGAGCGGGUGAGCCCGGCAUGAGCUGAGCGGAGCGGAGCCCAGCGCCGGGAUGGAGGAGGCGACGGACGCCUACACCUACGGCUUCGACAACGAUACGGACUGCGAGUACACGGAGUGGGGCCCCUCGCUGGCCCUGCUGCCCACCAUCUACCUGCUGGUCUUCCUGCUGGGCACCACCGGCAACGGGCUCGUCCUCUGGACGGUCUUCAAAGGUGGCCGCGACCGCCGGCGCUCAGCCGACACCUUCAUCGCCAACCUGGCCGUGGCCGACCUCACCUUCGUGGUCACCCUGCCCCUCUGGGCCGCUUACGCCUGGCUGGGCUACCACUGGCCCUUCGGCACGGCCGCCUGCAAGGUCAGCAGCUACCUGGUGUUCGUCAACAUGUACGCCAGCGUCUUCUGCCUCACCGGCCUCAGCUUCGACCGCUAUCUGGCCAUCGUGCGGCCGCUGGCCACAGCCAAGCUGCGCUCGCGGGUCAGCGGGCUGGUGGCCACCGUGGCGCUGUGGCUGCUGGCCGCCCUGCUGGCCCUGCCCGCCCUGGUGCUGCGGCGGGCGGCCGCCCUCGGCGAGGACACCAAGAUCACCUGCUACAUGGACUACGGGGACCUGGCGGCGCAGGGGACGGAGGGCGCCUGGGAGGUGGGGCUGGGGCUUUCCUCCACCGCCCUGGGCUUCGUGGCCCCGUUCGCCGUGAUGCUGACCUGCUACUUCUUCAUCGCCCGCACCGUGGCCACUCACUUCCGCCGGGAGCGGGCCGAGGGGCCCCGCAAACGCAAGCGCCUGCUCACCAUCAUCACCGUGCUGGUGGCCGCCUUCGGGGGCUGCUGGCUGCCCUUCCACCUGGUCAAGACCCUCUACGUGCUGAUGGACCUGGAGGUGCUGCCCUGGUCCUGCACCCUCCACACCUUCCUCAACAACCUCCAUCCCUACUGCACGGGCAUCGCCUACAUCAACAGCUGCCUCAACCCCUUCCUCUACGCCUUUUUCGACCCCCGCUUCCGCCACGCCUGCGCCGCCCUCCUCUGCUGCCGGACCCCCGGGCCCGGCCCCGAGCGCUCCGCCAGCUACUCCUCGGGGCACAGCCACCCCCCCGGUGGCAAGGGGGGCCCCGGCCCGGGGGGCAAGCUGGACCCCGCCACCCAGGAGACGCUCUUCCGCUCCUGAGCCCCUCCCCGACCGCCCCCGGCGCCCCCCGAGCUGGUCUACUCGGGGGGAACACCCUCCUCCGCCUCGCCCCAAAGCCUGGCUUGCUUUGGGGAUGCCCCGCUGGAAAGCCCUGCUCGCGGGAAGGGGAAACUGAGGCACAGCCGGGGAGGAGCCCCUGGGGGGCUCAGGCGGGGGCGGCUACCCCGGCACCCCCAGGGCUUUGUGUUUUGUGACAAAUAAAUGAAUUUUGGUUAAAAAAGGA